AAGUAAUGUUGUUCGUCUGGGUUUGGGGAAAAUUGACCUACGGUUGGCGUUCCAGAGGAAAGGGUUGGUUUGUCUGUUGGCGAAUUGUCUUGUUAGUGUCAAAUUUAUUAGAUUUCUUCUGUUUUAGACGAAAUGGAUGAAGAAUACGAUGCUAUUGUUCUGGGAACUGGACUUAAAGAGUGUAUCCUCAGUGGGAUGCUGUCGGUUUCGGGUAAGAAAGUACUCCACGUCGACCGCAACAAGUAUUACGGUGGCGAGUCAGCUUCCAUAACUCCUUUGGAGGAACUUUUUACACGUUUCGGUGCCCCUGCACCCGAUGAAUGUUACGGGAGAGGUAGAGAUUGGAAUGUUGACUUGAUUCCGAAAUUUUUAAUGGCUAAUGGGUCAUUAGUUAAGUUAUUGAUCCAUACAGGAGUUACAAGAUACUUGGAAUUUAAAUCUGUUGAAGGCAGCUAUGUCUACAAGGGUGGGAAGAUCUCCAAAGUCCCUGUCGAUCAGAAGGAAGCGCUUGCUUCUGACCUGAUGGGAAUGUUUGAAAAGCGUCGCUUUCGGAAUUUCCUGAUUUAUGUCCAAGAUGUACGUGAAGAUGAUCCGAAAACAUGGAAAGACUUGGACCCCAACACAUGUACAAUGCAGCAGAUAUAUGACAAGUUUGGGCUUGAUAAAAAUACUCAAGAUUUUACAGGCCAUGCAUUGGCUUUAUACAGAGAUGAUGAGUACCUCAAUCAGACAGCAGUCCAGACAGUACGUCGAAUAAAGCUGUACAGUGAUUCACUUGCAAGGUAUGGGAAAUCACCAUACCUCUAUCCAAUGUAUGGUUUGGGGGAGCUGCCUCAAGGUUUUGCACGUCUGAGCGCUAUUUAUGGUGGCACCUAUAUGCUAGAUAAACCCAUCGAUGAGAUCGUGAUGGAGAAUGGCCGUGUUGUUGGUGUCCGUUCAGGAGAAGAAGUUGCAAAGUGUAAGCAAGUCUACUGUGACCCUUCUUAUGUUCCUGACAAGGUUAAGAAGACAGGGCAGGUGAUCAGGUGUAUCUGCCUCAUUGAUCAUCCAAUCCCCAACACUCGUGAUGCGCUCUCAACCCAGAUUAUUAUUCCUCAGAAACAAGUUGGACGUAGGUCUGACAUUUAUGUCUCUUUGGUAAGCUACACCCAUCAGGUGUCAGCAAAGGGUUGGUUCAUUGCAAUGGUAUCCACAACAGUUGAAACCGAUAAUCCUGAAAUUGAGAUCAAGCCAGGUCUUGACCUGCUAGGCCCAAUUCGUCAGAAAUUUGUGAGCGUCAGUGAUUUUUAUGAGCCAACAGAUGAUGGCCUUGAGAGUCAAAUUUUCAUUUCAGCCUCAUAUGAUGCAACGACCCACUUUGAAACAACUUGCCUUGAUGUCCUUGAUAUUUUUCGAAGGGGCACUGGAGAAGAUUUUGAUUUUUCAAAAGUAAAACUUGAUCUUGGAGAUGAGGAGCAAUAGAUAAAUUGAAUGAGAGUCAUGAAUGUUGACUAGUUAAUGUGUGUAAACACAAAGCAUGAUUAGUCUGGCACCAGUUAUUUCAUAUAUUCAGAAACUUAAAGCCAGCUACACACGUACAGGUAUACCGUUCAGUUAUGCCUGAACAGGUAUGCCUGUUCGGUAUACCUCAUGUUCUAGUGUGUCCACACGGUACAGUUUUAUCAUCUACAUGUUGAGGUAUACCUGAGAGGUGUGUCUGUUCAGGUAUACCUGUACCAGUUUGUAUUGAAUUACACAGCAUUUUUAAUUUCCAUUCAGCUGAGAAAUACUGGUGUCAGUUUCAUGUAUAAAAUUCCCCAUUAAGCCUUCAGUAUAAAUUGAGCUUGUUUUAACUAUAUGUUAUCUAAUGAUAACAUUACAAAAUGGGGAAAAUGUGUGAUGAUAACGAACCUCAAAAGCAUAUUCAUGAGAUUUUGCUAUAUUGCUUACAAAUAAAGAAUUCCAGUUUUGAUCAUAAUAAAAUGGGAAACAUAUUAGAAAGUACUAGUUUGUAGUGAAAUAUUGAUUAAAUACAAUGUAUGGUGUAGGUAUUUCAUGUAAAAUGCUUAUGCUGUUGUAUUUGGUCUGUCAAAGCUUGAUGUCUGUUAAAUAUAAAUGUAAUUGCACCUAUGUUCUAUCAGUUUUCCCAAAGGGAAUGAGGGAAUAGGUUAUUGUCCUACUAAUAACUGCAUAUAAAUUAAUAGCUAGGUAUGAAUAUUUUCUCUGUUAUAAAAUUUAAAUGUAAUUAAAGGAGUAGUGUAUGGAUGUACCACUAAGAACAGCCAGUAGGUGAAUUUGUGUAUAUUUUAAACAUGUCAGCAUCUAUGUUCCUUCAUGGCUAAUGUUUGAAUGUAAUCACAUAAUGGUAAGAGACCUUGUGGAUAUGCAUUUAAUGUAAUUCAGUAGUAUUAUAAUCUCUGACAGCAGGUUUGGUCGAGGAGUAUAAAAUGCUUCCAUGAAGAGAUAAAUCCAUCACAUAUGCUAACAGUUUUGUUUCCUGUUGAUGUAAAUUACUUUCUUUCUGUAUUUUGACAUUGACAUUGCAAAUUAAAAUAUUUUAUUUUCCUUUGAUGGAAUAAUGGAGGAGCAAAAGAUUUGAAUAUUUGUAAAUUGGGUGAUAUAAAAUGUUGGUUUUCUGACCACCUAAGCAUAUGUCUAAAAUAUAAGUGGCUUUCUGUAUUGGCUUGUUUUUAAUAUUGGAAAUGUCUACAAGACAAGCUUGAUCCAAACUCUUCAUUGCUUCACACAACACAGACACAGGUAUCAAUUUACUGUAAAAUAAGUAAAUAAAAGUAUGAAAAAAGAA